AUGAUGUGGACUUUGAUCAAACUUUUCAAUGAGUGGGAAAUUCAGCUACUUGUCCUUCUCAGCUUCACACUACAAUUGUUCCUCUUGUUUGCUGGAAACCUUCGGCGCCGCAGGUCCAGUGGGUUCCUAAGGGUUCUCAUUUGGUUAGCUUUCUUGGGGGCAGACUUGGUAGCAGUUUAUGCCCUUGGCCUUCUCUCACGACAAGAGAACAACAUCACCACCAUCAUUGACAAGGGAAGCCAACCACUAGCUUUCUUUUGGGCACCAUUUCUCCUCAUCCAUCUUGGUGGACAAGACACCAUUACUGCCUUCUCCAUGGAGGACAACAACUUGUGGCUGAGGCAUUUGUUGAAUCUGGUGGUGCAAGUUGUCCUAGCAUUCUAUGUUUUUUGGAGAUACAUCAGAAGACUACACAACUUGGGGCUUCUCACUUCAGGUGUCCUUGUGUUUGUUGCCGGAAUUAUCAAGUAUGGAGAAAGAACAUGGUGUCUUAAGCGUGGGAGUCUUAAAGGCCUUGAGAGCUCAACACGGGUCCUAACAACAUGGUGUUUUGUGGAUAUGGAUCCUGCUAUUCAGGGCUAUUCUGAGGCUGUUUAUGAUGCUCUCAGGUCAGUGUCAUAUACCCUCCACAUCUUUUCAGCACGUGGUUACUGUAUGGAAAACUUCUACCCGCGAGAAGACAUCAACCAAACUGUGAAAAUAGGGAGGCUUCAGCUUGGCCUAGUGUACGACGAGCUCUACACAAAGGCUGUUGUACUCAGAACAAAGAGUGCCAUGAUAUUCAGAUACAUCUCUCAGUUAUCCAUUGUUGUUGCUUUUGGGCUCUUCCAUGCAAUUGUAGACAAACAGAGGUAUGCCAAAGUCGACAUUGCAAUCACCUAUUCACUAUUUAUCGGAGGAUUUUUCAUAGAAGUCUGGUCAAUAAUACUUAAUUCCACGACAUCACCACGGACGUGGAUGAUGUUGAAGCGCCGGAAGUGGGAGAGGCUUGCGAAGUUGUCCUGGUUUAUUUUUUCCAAUGAUAUCAUUGGCUUGUCGGAGAAGAAGCAACGGUGGCCAAGUUCAAUCGGACAGUACGACCUCGUAGGUUGGAUGAAUGGUACCCGAGGGACUAGAUUCUGUCAACGAGUGAUGACCGUGGUCAUAAGGGUGUUCGUUGGUUUCUUUGGUGGCGAGAAGGUGAAUAUAUUUUGGAUGAGCAAAGUGUUAGACGCCUGGUACGUCGAUGCUGAUGAGAUGACCAUGGCGUGUGUUGCAAAGGAGAUUAUUGUCUUAGAUGAUGAACUCAGAGGGAUGCCCGCUCGAGAAUGGCCAAAUGUUGGCUCGAUGUUGGCAAAAAGGAUGCAUGGUUUAGAACGCUCUUUUGCUGACAAUGUUGUGGAGAUGCAUGUUCUGACUGAGUUACUCUUGAAUAAAUGCUCCCUUCUUUCAGAUUCAGACAUGGUAGCAUCAGCAGAAGAUGAUCAUAGUAUGGCGCGGGUAUGUCGUAAGCUAUCCAACUAUAUGAUGUACCUUUUGGUUGCCCACCCUACCAUGCUGCCACUCACUACCAGCACUGCAGAUCUGUGGAUAAAUUUUCAGAGCCCUCAUACGGUGAGCGAUUUUUCAAAGGAAAUGGACACGUAUGAUCUCCAGCCAACCAAGGAAACAAUAGAGGAGAUGGUACACAUGUGGAUGAGGAUUCUUCUCUACGCCGCUAGCAAGUCCAGGGCGGAGUUGCACGUGGCGCAACUGGCCAACACGGGAGGGGAGCUCAUCACCUUCGCCUGGCUAGUCAUGGCUUUCUUCCAGAUUGGUGAUACCCAAAGUAGAAGGAUUUCUAUCAUGAAAACACCUAAUAGAGAGGCCAACACUGAAUCGAAGGCUUACGCCUUCGACGUCAUUGCAAGUACAAGCGAGCAUGGCAGUAGGCCUUCGUCGUCGCCGGAUGAAAGGGCCGUCGUCAUCGAGUGA